AUGCCGCCCCCAAAACCGCAACCUCCUCCUCCACCAAACCCUCCACCUACACCACCACCAAUCUGUGCCUAUUCCUCCCCCAACUCCUUCACCCACACCACCUCCACCACCAACACCUCCUAUUCCUCCACCGUUUACAUUCUUAUCGUUCUUUUUAUUAAUUUCACUUUAUUGUUAUUGUUUGAUUUCACAACACCACCACCUAUUCCAACACUAAUUUCUCCUCCUGGUCCACCAAUGCCGCCUCCAACUCCUCCUCCUACACCACCAAUAUCACCUCCUGCUCUGCCAAUUCCUCCUCUUGGCCCACCAAUGUUGCCUCCAAUUCCUCCUCCACCUCCACCACCAAUGCCACCUCCAACUCCUCCUGCUACACCACCAAUAUCACCUCCUGCUACACCUCCACCACCAAUGCCUCCUCUUGACUCACCAAUGCCACCUCCACCACCAAUACCUCCUCCUGCUCCACCAAUGUCUCCACUUAGUCCACCAAUGUCGCCUCCAACUACUCCUCCUACACCACCACCAAUACCUCCUCCUGGCCCACAAAUGUCAUCUCCAACUCCUCCUCCUACACCACCUCCACCACUAAUACCUCCUCCUGCUCCACCUCCACCACCAAUGCCUCUUCCUGGCCCACGAAUGCCUUUUCCAACUCCUCCUCCUACACCACCUUCACCACCAAUAUGUCUGCCUGCUCCACCUCCACCACCAAUGCCUCAUCCUGGCCCACCAAUGCCACCUCCAACUCCUCCUCCUACUCCACCUCCACCACCAAUGCCUCUUCUUGGCCCACCAAUGUCACCUCUAACUCCUCCUUCUUUACCACCACCAAUACCUCCUCCUGCUCCACCACCAAUGCCACUUCUAACUCCUCCUCCUGCACCACCUCCACCACCAAUACCUCCUCCUGCUCCACCAAUGUCUCCACUUAGUCCACCAAUGUCGCCUCCAACUACUCCUCCUACACCACCACCAAUACCUCCUCCUGGCCCACAAAUGUCAUCUCCAACUCCUCCUCCUACACCACCUCCACCACUAAUACCUCCUCCUGCUCCACCUCCACCACCAAUGCCUCUUCCUGGCCCACGAAUGCCUUUUCCAACUCCUCCUCCUACACCACCUUCACCACCAAUAUGUCUGCCUGCUCCACCUCCACCACCAAUGCCUCAUCCUGGCCCACCAAUGCCACCUCCAACUCCUCCUCCUACUCCACCUCCACCACCAAUGCCUCUUCUUGGCCCACCAAUGUCACCUCUAACUCCUCCUUCUUUACCACCACCAAUACCUCCUCCUGCUCCACCACCAAUGCCACUUCUAACUCCUCCUCCUGCACCACCUCCACCACCAAUACCUCCUCCUGCUCCACCAAUGUCUCCACUUAGUCCACCAAUGUCGCCUCCAACUACUCCUCCUACACCACCACCAAUACCUCCUCCUGGCCCACAAAUGCCAUCUCCAACUCCUCCUCCUACACCACCUCCACCACUAAUACCUCCUCCAGCUCCACCUCCACCACCAAUGCCUCUUCCUGACCCACGAAUGCCUUUUCCAACUCCUCCUCCUACACCACCUUCACCACCAAUAUGUCUGCCUGCUCCACCUCCACCACCAAUGCCUCAUCCUGGCCCACCAAUGCCACCUCCAACUCCUCCUCCUACUCCACCUCCACCACCAAUGCCUCUUCUUGGCCCACCAAUGUCACCUCUAACUCCUCCUUCUUUACCACCACCAAUACCUCCUCCUGCUCCACCACCAAUGCCACUUCUAACUCCUCCUCCUGCACCACCUCCACCACCAAUACUUCUCCUACUCCACCUCCACCACCAAUGCCUCCUCCUGGCCCACUAA